AACAAGUAAUUUUUUCUUUAAACUUCCCUUCGUAUUAAAGCCUCACAUAUUAAAACCCCCCAUCACCGGAGCUUAUAAGCUACUCCUACCUUCCGGCGAGACCACCGGCCACCGACGAACUUUCUCAAUAAACCUCUCUUUGGAUCACAACCGACGGUAUGUAAUUUUUUGUUCUCCUAAAUUGAUAGGUUCCUUAUUUUUCAAGCCAAAAACCUCCCCACCAACCUCUCUCAAUCUCUGGACCUAUUUUAUGGAUCUCCCUAACAAAGGAAUCGAAGAUUCUUAAUGAACACAACAUACCCAGAAAUACCCACAUCCCAAAACUCCGUUUACCCAUCAAAAUCCGCGUCUGAAACCAGAUCAUUUGGUUCUGUCGAGGGGACUUUUGUUGAGGCGAGGUUGGAAAUUGGGGUUUUAUUAUGUUAGGCGGUGUUCAAUUGGGUAUUUUAGCUGCGUGUAUUGUGUUGUUCGUGCCGAUGGGAAUGGCUGGAUGGCAUUUAAGCCGUAAUAAGAUGCUGUUCUUCAGCGGUGCGCUUUUCAUUACACUCGCAAUCGGUGUUCAUCUCACUCCUUACAUCCCUUCGGUUUCUGAUUUCGUUACCACUGUUUCUUCUGUUGUUGUUUUCGAUAGUCGAGCCUCGUGUGUUUCUCAGUUACAUGAAGUUGUGUGGGAUGUCAAACAGAGCGAUGGAUUUAACCCUUUGAGUAAUAACUCUGUUAAUUAUGAGAAAUCGUGGAAAUGGGGAAGAUCUGCUUCUGUUAUUGCUUGUGAUUUUCAGAAAUUGGCUCCCACGGAUGUUGCUGAUUUGCUUAAUGGAUCGUGGGUUGUUAUCGCCGGUGACUCACAGGCGAGAUUGAUGGCUCUGUCACUGCUGGAUUUGACGUUGGAUUCUCAAAGAAUGGAAGCUGUUAGAGGCGAUCUGUUCAAACGGCAUAGUAAUUACCAAAUUCUGAUUAGCGAAACUGGGAUGAAAUUGGAUUUCAUUUGGGCUCCUUAUGCUUCUAAUUUGACUGAUUUAAUGGGGGAAUUCAAGCAAAAUCGUAGCUACCCUGAUGUUAUAAUCAUGGGGUCUGGAUUAUGGCAUAUGCUUCAUUUUACUAAUGCAUCAGAUUUUGGAUUUUCUUUGGAAUCACUGAGAAGUUCUGUUGUUUCUCUGAUUCCAUUGACUCCAGAACUUGGUUCUGAAGGGCCUUUGACGGGUUCUGUAUCCAUUAGAACCCCACACUUGUUCUGGAUCGGAAUGCCGACACUGAUUAACUCCAUGUUAAACACUGAGGAGAAGAGGAAGAAAAUGACUGAUACAAUGAGGGCAGCUUAUGACGCAGCUCUUGGCGAUAGCAAGCUUCUUCGCUCGUCUGGUGGCCCCCUCUUGUUGCUGGACAUUGAAACUUUGAGUUGGAAUUGUGGAGUCCGAUGCACAGUGGACGGGAUGCAUUAUGAUGGUGUUGUAUAUGAAGCUGCCAUUCAUAUUAUGCUUAAUGCUUUACUUAUUGAAUCUCAUCAGAAGCUGUGAAACAGAAGGAAGUUGAGAUUCCAUUGAUGCUUUGUAGAAGAGUUCGUUUUCCAGGAUUCUCUAACACUUAAGUUCUUAAGAUGAGAGGUGAAUUCUACCCCUUUUUCACUAUUCUCUGUUUUCUUAGUUGAUUUCGUGAGAUUAGGAGUUCCACUAUUCUUUGUUUUUUUCGCCCUCCGGUUAAUGUAAUAACUCAUAGAAACUCAUUUCAUAAAUGAUAGGCCACAACAAUUAUAUUGUAUAGUUUUGGAAUGGUUCAUCAUUCAUAAAUUCUUUAGGAAUGUUGUUUGAUUGAUAAAUCCCUUAAAAAUAUAGCCUGCCAAAGUCAUGGUGGUUUAUAUUUCUUAGAGAAUUGUAUAUAUCUGGACAAGAUGUGACAUUUUUUUGUUCAAUCAAUAAACAAUACUUCUUUGUAUA